CAGUGUUUGUGUCGCUUUACGGUCGCUGUUGAGAUGAGGUACCGGGUCGUCGCAGUGGUUCGCUGGAUUCUUUUUCUGUGAAGUUGUUGUUUCAGAGUGACGCUGUGAUUGGAGAAUGGACCCUGUCGUGCUGAGCUACCAGGACAGCCUUCUGCGGCGCUCUGAUGUGUCCUUACUGGAUGGGCCUUUCUGGCUCAACGACCGUGUCAUUGGCUUUGCCUUUGAAUAUUUUGGAACCGAGCGGUUCAGAGUGCUGGGUGAGACCAUAAUCUAUAUCAGCCCUGAGGUUACCCAGUUCAUCAAGUGUGCCUCUUGUCCAGACGAGUUAGCCAUUUUUCUCGAGCCGCUGGAUCUAGCUUCCCGGCGCUGGGUCUUCCUGGCUGUCAACGACAACUCCAAUCAGACUGCUGGGGGUUCCCACUGGAGCCUCUUGGUCUUCCAUCAGGACUCCACUCAAUUUUGCCACUAUGACUCUCAGCAUGGAAGCAACUCAUUGCACGCACGACGCAUCGCUAACAAGUUGGAGCCUUUCUUGGGUGCAGGAAGGAAGGUGCUGUUUGUGGAGGAGCCCUGCCCGUCUCAGCAGAACAGCUAUGACUGUGGCAUGUAUGUUAUUUGUAUCGCUGAGGCCUUGUGUGAGAAGGCCAGGGUGGAGGGCUCGCCACGACUUCCUGUGCAAAUCAUCACCCCAGCCUACAUCACACAGAAGAGGGCUGAGUGGUACAGACUGAUCCAGAGUCUAGCUCAGAAUGAUCUCUGCCGUGUGCUCACUUUCCCAUAGCAUGUACUUUGAUAUGCAGAACAGCUGUCGGUCCCCCAAGUAUGUACUUAAAUCUUUGAUCAACUAUGGUGCAAAGGUUUCAUACGCAGUGCUCAGUUUUCCCAUUGUCCACUUGUCCCAGGGACACAACCUGUCAUCUGUACACAAUUUUGAUCUGUUUCCACAUUGAAGUCAAUAUUUUUUUUUUUUCAUUAAAUGCCUGGGCUUGGUUAAAUUUGGCUUCUUUGAAGACCUGCAUGCUUUUGCUUAAACCCCAGAGUGACAACAGGCCAAAAGGAGCUAGCCACUAGCCAUAUUG